AUGUUCCGGGCUGGGUUUCUGAAGCUUCAAUUCUUCAACAUCUACAACACAUUUUACCAUAAGAUUGAGCUAUUAAUAUAUUCAAAGUCCUCGAGGUUUAAGGCUUUAGACGAAAAUAUUGAUAUUAGCACCAUGUCAUCGGGCAAUCAAAAGUUUAAUGAAUUCGUCCCGCCCCAGGCUGAAGCUGGGCCGUCAGCAUCUAGCGCCCUACCGCCGACGGAAAUAGAGGGCGGCGGUGGCGUCGACCUAGAAGCUCCAAAAGAAGAAAAGGUCUCCCCGUUCAAAGAAUCCGACGCCCAAAUUGCUGCCGCUUUUGAAAAAUCAGAGGAACUGCCCUCAUACACAGACCUAGUCCGUACUGGCGAAGUCCGUAACCCUGAUGAUGGCCUCGUCAACCUUAAUUACAUCAGUGUCGACAUUCAACUCGCCAAGUUUUGCGGCGAGGUCGCGAUCAAGCAAUUCAACGAGUAUAAGUCCAGGGGUGCUCAUCUCCCCAUUAACUAUUUCAUGGAGCAGGCUUUGAAUGUGGUGAAGAUUUUGGCAGUUAUUAGAGUUAUAUUGGUGGAGCUAAGGCUCACCGAGGAUACUUACAUAUACCUCCAGACGGCUGCGGAGUAUCUUGGAUGUCAGAUGUUGGUUCGAUAUGCGAUUUUAAAGAAAAACCCGGAAUACUUUAGAGAUAGCGAGGGGAACUGGCAGACCAUCCAAGUUUGUCGGGCUAGCUAUCUAAAGUUGUGGCUACAGCUAGCCAAAAUGCUAACAAAUCCAGAAUUUACUCCGCUACCGAAAGAAGCAAAGGCAGCAAAAAUCGACAUCCCAAAUGGUGAAUUCCAUUUGCUCAUUUUCAAGUUAAUCGAUCCAAGCUACUCUUACCAUGUGGGAAGGAGAUUCUCUAGAUUCGUUGACAAGGCCUUUGGCACACCGAAGAAGAAGGAAUGCACAAGUGGGCUUUGUAAUCUGAGUCCUGAAGCGCAGAAGGCUAUCAGGUUCUAUUGUACUUGCGAGGUAUCCAAAUACCAAAAGAAAAAGGCUGAACGGGCAGCGGGGCAGGAGCAGCCGCCAUCGUUCACAGCGGACCCUCCGAGUGUAAGACCGUCAUAG